GACAUCACCGACUCGAUGGACAUGAGUUUGAGCAAACUCUGGGAGUUGGUGAUGGACAGGGAGGCCUGGCGUGCUGCAGUCCAUGGGGCCGCGAAGAGUCGGACACGCCUGAACGACUGACAAGCAACAGCAAAGGCAGGUAAGCUGUCUCUGGUGAGAAGGUUGGGCGAGAAGCAUGGUUAAUUUCUUGAAGCCCUUCAAUGACGUGUACACCCUUCCCAGUUCACUGCUUAGGGAAAUGAUGAUUUCUAUCCUGGCAGUCGGGGACGUGGACGAUAUAAUAAAAAUGCCGGCACCCUUGCGUAGUAGCCUCCCCGGCCGUGCCCAGGACCUCGCAGACCAGCUGUGCGCGUCAAGGAGGGGCCCGCGGACCAGACCCACAGGCUCAGCCAGCGCUCAGAGUCGCCCCGCCGAGUGUUGAUGUUUCCCUCUCGGCCCCGCCCCCGGCCACGCGGGGAUCGGCCACGCCCCAGGUGGGCGGGCUCGCCGGGCACCGCCCACCGCCUCCCCGCGGCAGCCAAUGGCGUGUGAGCUCCGCACCGCCCCCAGCAAACAUGGCGGGGGCGGCGUCAGUGCGGGCAGGCAGGGGCUCGGAACCGAGCCCACGGCGGACCGCGGAGACUGAGGGCGCGGCGCGGGCCAUGGAGGGGGGCGGCGGCGGCGACGGCGGGGCGCGGCAGCGCGAGCUCGAGCGCAUGGCGGAGGUCCUGGUCACCGGCGAGCAGCUGCGGCUCAGGCUGCAUGAAGAAAAGGUGAUUAAAGACAGGCGACAUCAUCUUAAAACCUACCCAAACUGUUUUGUCGCAAAAGAACUGAUUGACUGGCUGAUCGAACACAAGGAGGCGUCUGACAGAGAGACGGCUAUUAAACUCAUGCAGAAGCUGGCGGACCGGGGCAUCAUCCACCACGUGUGUGAUGAGCAUAAGGAAUUCAAGGACGUCAAACUCUUCUACCGCUUUAGAAAGGAUGACGGCACCUUCCCCCUGGACAAUGAAGUGAAGGCCUUCGUGAGGGGACAGAGGCUGUAUGAGAAGUUGAUGAGCCCCGAGAACACGCUCCUGCAGCCCCGGGAGGAGGAGGGGGUCAAGUACGAGCGCACCUUCAUGGCGUCGGAGUUCCUGGACUGGCUGGUGCAGGAGGGGGAGGCCACGGCGCGGGAGGAGGCGGAGCAGCUCUGCCGGCGGCUCCUGGAGCAUGGCAUCAUCCAGCACGUGUCCAACAAGCACCCAUUUGUGGACAGCAACCUUCUCUACCAGUUCAGAAUGAACUUCCGGCGGAGGCGAAGGCUGAUGGAGCUGCUCAGUGAGAAGUCCCCGUCCUCCCAGGAGACGCACGACAGCCCCUUCUGCCUGCGGAAGCAGAGCCAUGACAACCGCAAGUCUACCAGCUUCAUGUCAGUCAGCCCCAGCAAGGAGAUCAGGAUCGCGCCGGCCGCACGGAGGAGCAGCAUGAGCAGCGGCAGCAGCGGCUACUUCAGCAGCAGCCCCACGCUCUCCAACAGCCCGCCGGUGCUCUGCAACCCCAAGUCUGUGUUGAAGAGGCCUGUCACUUCUGAGGAACUCUUGACUCCUGGGGCCCCGUAUGCGAGGAAGACAUUCACGAUCGUCGGGGACGCGGUCGGCUGGGGCUUCGUGGUGCGCGGGAGCAAGCCGUGCCACAUCCAGGCCGUGGACCCCAGCGGCCCGGCGGCGGCGGCGGGGAUGAAGGUCUGUCAGUUCGUCGUCUCCGUGAACGGGCUGAACGUGCUGCACGUCGACUACCGCACGGUGAGCAACCUGAUUCUGACGGGGCCGCGGACCAUCGUCAUGGAGGUCAUGGAGGAACUGGAGUGCUGAGCGCGCCCGGGCCGGGCGGGCAGGGGCCCCGGGCGCGCGACGGCCGGCGCGGGCUGGCGGCGGAGCGCGGACCUUCGCCUAACCCUGACCCUAACCGCGCACCUUCGCUCCGCCCGCCGGCACACGUCUUCAUUCGCGUUCCCUGCAGACUCCCUGCUGAAUGUGGGAGGACCAGGCAGUACGUCUCUAAACAAGAAAAAAGUUAAAGACAACUUCUGUCGCUGCAGAAAAAGUUUGAGACGUAGAAUUUUUUUUUUCCCGCAUAGUUGCAUUGCCUUCUCAGCUUCCAUCUAUAGUUCUCAUCCAUUGAUUUUGGUCUUGGUUCACAAAAAGUUGUUGAGAUGCUUCUCUCGCCAAAACAGCAACGUGCUAAAAUCGCCCUCGUGGGAAUCAGUACGGUAGUUUUUCUAGACUUUAAGUAGUACUCUCACCAAAACGAGCAUGGAUCUGUUGAUUAGAGGAUCUCAAUUUCACUGAAUUUCAAAUUAAAGCAACAUCCAAAGGAAUAGUACUUGUUAGCUGGCAUUUUGAAGGUUCUGAAGCAUUUUUUUUACUUUUUCUUAAUUCCUGCCUUUAGUAUCAACUUCUAACUUAAUGUGUGUUUUCAAUUAUGGCAGUGGUCAAAGAGCAAAAAUAUUGUGAUGACGUGGGUGGGAUAGAAAGAGAGAUAAUUACUUAAAACUGUAUGUGCUGUUUUCUCUUUCUGAGCCUGAAUCGUUCUGUCAAUCAGCAACAGCAGCUUUCUAGAAAUAAUUCUGAAUAUGUUGAAUAUCAAAACAGACAAGUUUGUAUGUACAUAUAUAAUUCAAAAUCAUGCCUCUGGCAAGAUUUCACUCUGAAGCUGUCCCUUGUGAAGUGCAGUAUCCUAGAACUUGGCCCAUAUGUGAUAAAACUUGAAACUGCAUUGCCUGAUUGGCCUGAAUUUUCACUAGCCUUCUAGUGUGACACAUUCUAAGGACAUGACAUGCUGCUCAUUUGAUGGGAUUGCUUUUCACCAAAAGCACCUUCUUGUGUUGUAACUUUCUCGCCCACUUGUACAUAUGCAUGUUUCUUUUUUUUUUUUUUUUUGGUCUUGAAGACAAUGCAUUUUGGAGCUUGGUGUAUAGAGGAAGUUUUUCAGAGUGCCAAAUUAAGGAGUCAGGGAGUGCUCAAUUCCUUUUAUUUUCAUAUAACACUUUCUAAAUGACAAGGCUACUUUCUUAUCACGUAGUAACAAAAUAUGAAUGUUGUGCCUCAGCCUUUGUUAGUGAUGGGUUGUAACGUGGUGGUGCUGGUGGAGUGGACACGCCGUGCUGAAGGUGUCAGACGUCUGUGUUUCUGGUAGCCCAGCUCUUCUCGUCUGUAGCCUUAGGCCGAGAGCAGGGUUUUGCAGUAAUGUAGGAUGCUGGCGUGAGUCCUGUUGGCCGGCCUUGGGAAGCCCUGCCGUGCGUUUAUACAUGUGCCAGGCACUGUGCUCUCUCUUCAUCCUCAUCAUGACCCGCGAGGCAGCUGGAAUCGCCCUCAUGUUUCGGAUUGGAAGCUCAGUCUGAGCGAGUUUAGGAGUGGUCUCUAAGCCCCCACAGUGGCAGGAACUCCUGGUUACAGACGCUGGAUUCAGACACGCUCGGUCUUGUGGGGACGCCCUGUCCCCCCAGCCCGUCCCCCCUGGAGACCGUCCGUGACGCCUUCUUCUGGCCCCUUGCCGCACUCACACUGUGCCCGGGCGGCCAGCGGCGGCGUCAUCUCCGUGUUACCGCUGAGGAGACGGGCUCAUCAAGGCCGGACUCUUAACAGUAAGUGGGAGGCAUUAACCAUCAGGCUUUCUUUAAAAGGUCGUCCUAAAUGCCUUCUGGGCCUGGGUGUUCACGGGUGCCUCGAGAAGAAGGCAGGCCUCCGGGAAUGGCAUCCUCUCGCCUGCUGCUGCUCCUUGUCUCCCAUCCUGAUGACUGUUGGGACGCUGGCACAUCUCCACGUCCCUUCAGCCAGCCUAAGCAGCAGAGAAGAGUUUUCCUUGAUUCAGAGGGUGGCGUUGAUGUCUUUGCUCAGAUGAAGACCUGGGUGAAGGAAGGGGUACUAAGGUGAAGGGAGGGAAGCCUUUGGCUCCCACCACCCUGAGCUUAAAGCCCAGACGCCAGCGAGUUCUGCUUCAGGAGCGCGUCCCCUGAGCUGUGGUCCCAGCCCACACUGUAUCCUCACCCUGUGAACGCUCCUCGCCCAGAGGACCCUGUUGCGCUUUCUCCAGCUUUUGCACACAUGGCUUUUCCUCCCUGGAAUGUUCUUUCUCUGUCUUUGCCUGGAACAGUCUGUCUUAUGAACUCCCCUGAGGUGUUGUCUUAGACAUUCCCUCUGAGAAAUCUUUGCCAGCAGCCUGGUUCUGGGAUGGAUGCCCUUCUUGAAUUCCCAGGGACCCCUAUACACCAGCCUCCUGUGAUCCCAGCACUGCUGACAUUUCCUAGGAAAUGGUCCCGUUCCUCGUCUGUCUCCCUGAGUUCUUUCUAAGCGUCUGCAGGCCGGGACUGAGUCCUGCUCCCCAGGUGUUGCCUUCGCCUAACACGUUUCCUGACACAGAGCAGGCUGUCAGCUCUCCCCUGCUGUCUGAGCAGGCAACCCACAGCGUAGCUUCUGACGCUGCUGAUUCGCUUGGGAGCCUGUGGUUGGUGUUUUGGGCAGAGCUGUGCUCGGGGACCGACCGCAGCCUGACGUCCUGGCUGAGUUCACACGCGCAUCUGAGGUCAGAGAGGCCGAUGCUCAGGGCUGGCUGACUCUGUCUGGCUGUGGCCUGGGGCUGUGGCUGAGACUCCUCCGAUGGAUUCACUAGGUCUUUCCCCAUAGCUGACCCAGUCUUCCUCGUUGGGUCUCAUGAGAUCAAAGAGAGGAAGCAUAGAAACUGCAGACCCUUCUGUGGACAUGCUCGGAGGUCACACAGUGUCCCUUCCAUAGCCUUUUCUUGGCCAGUGCAAGUCACAAAGCUGGCCCAGAACCAAGAGGUCAGAAAGCAGACUCCCCCUUGUGAUGGGAGGAGCUGCCAAGAGUCUGGCUGUUUUUAAUCCACCCAGAGACAAUAACUACUUUUUGAAUAAAGGCCUAAGGAGUUACCUAGUUGUUGAAAGACUUCAGCACUCAGAUGUCAAUAACUGACCACCCGCUGGGUAGAAGUGCAACAGUUGUGAACAAAGGCCCACGCCCAGUGAACACUGAAGAGUCAGGAAAUCCUAAGACCAUAGUGCGGCGUGGAGCUACAUGGAGCUACGCAGAGCUCGGGUUCACCCUUCGUGUUUCGCUGAGGCGUGGAGCCGUCUUGUUGGGCGGGCCUGGGUCCAGCACCUCCCUCCCCACAGUCCCUCAGUGUGGCCCCCCGCCGUGGAGGGCGGGGUGGGGAUGACAUGCGGUUGCGCCCUGUACCCCUGAAGGUGAAGGAUACGUACUUUUAACUCAGGCCUUGAGUUGUUAAAUCAUAGCAUAUUAAAAAGUAAAUAUUUUGUAUGGUAUUUUGACAGUUGAACUGCUUUAAAAUUUAGGAACUCCAUUCCUAAACAGAACACCAAGAAUUAUUCUGAAUUAGCAGGAAGCAGGAUUUCAAAGAACUUUUGUGUCCUAUGUGUGUGUGUGUCUGCGUUUUGGGGAAUUGUGUGUGAGAAUUGAGAUCGCUCAUGGAGAAUCUCUGCAAUGACGUAGUUUGUCCCCAGAGAAGACACGCGUGGUUUUCCAGCUGGCUGCGUGUUAGUGAUGGAGACAGAACCCGCUUUACGUCAAGUCAUUAGCAUAAGAUGUGCAGUCAGCGCUGAUUCGAAAGCCAUGUUGGUUGAUUCUGCUGUAGAGAGAAAAUUCAGCCUCCCUUUGGGUUGGUUCUGCUAUCUGCUGUUCUCUUAUUAAUCUCUGUCAGAUAAUGAUAUGAACUGAUACAUUUCUGGUUGAGAAAUGGUGGGUAACAUGAAGAAGAGAUCCAUGUUUGAGUAGAUUAGGUACGACCAGCUUCACACUACCUUAUAAAAGGUGAAUGCGUUGGAGCAGUAACAAUUAACAGUCUAGAAAUCACUGCUCUCAGUCCAGAAUGGAGCCUCACUUUUCCAAAUACUCAUUCCUUUCAGAUAUGUCAUGAAAAUAAUCUGCUUUCAAGAUCUGUUUGGAUAAUGUUAAGUAUUCUCUCCUGUUGAAUAUUAAUCGUGUUUCAUUUUGAUGUUCCAUGAUCAGAAUAGCCCAAGAUCAUUUCAGUUUUGCAAAUUGGUUGGAGUCUAUUGGUGUCAUUGACCAUGGUUUUACUCAUUCAAAGAAGAAUUUCAGGUAUAAUAUGUUUUUCCUCAGCUCAAUACCAAGAGGACAAAUCUACCAUGUACCAAAAGGAAGUUCAUAAUCAAAGUCACUAUAUGGUAUUGUCAAAUGCAUUAAUAUAUGUACUUAAUAUAUGUUUAUUUUUAAAUUAGGUUGAAAUUUAUUUUCUGUUUCUUAAAAGUUAUAGCAAAAUAAUUAAAAUUAUAACAAUAGACAGUAUAGCAUGAAAUAAAUGUUAAAUUUUUAAAACAAUGCCUUUAGGAUUUCAGCUUUUCUUUUCUUUAGAACAAAUUAACCAUUUUUUUAUCCUAAGAAAGAGUUGCAUUGUAAAGCUGAUCUACAGCUAAUUUAUCAGAGAAAACAUGUGGGGCUGGUAUCUAAUUCUCUAAUGUAACCAAAAGUGCCAUUUGUAGAACUACUUAAUGAUGGAUGUUUUCUGAAGCUCUUUUGCCUGGGGAAAAAAGAAAAGUGCAUUAAAAAGUUUUUUUCUCUACUGUA